AUGAACGUUUAUAGAUAUUCUCUUCAACAGUCACAAUGUGCGAGAAGGAUGGGUUUGCUGCUAGGCUCGCGUUAUCUCUCCAGCUCUAAUCCGGGGAGGGCUAAGAUCAACACCUCUCCCGAUGCUACACACUACAUUCUAACCAGCAUUGGGCAGGACUUGCAAAACGACUCCGGUUAUGUGACGAUGCCAAACUCAGCAGAAGUAGCUGCAAAUUCCUUUCCUCUCAAGUCGGAGGAUAAUUACAGGCAACUGCCAGAUGAUUCUCAGUUCAUAGAUCAACACUAUGAGGAACUAAAGCACUAUAGAAAGGUGCUGGGGAAACCUUUCGGCGAGUUUGAGUCUGUCAGGGAGUUUUUUAUUGCUCUUAGCAAAUUAAGACCCGAUCCCGGGACAGAUGAGAACAGGAACUUCAGAGAUGAUGAACUACCCGAUAUCACGAUCUCACCAAGGGCUCGGUUCGAUAAGUUUGUGAAAAAUCUCAAGAUCACACUGAGGCUGAACGGAGGACAUCUCUUCACGUUGGAUUUGUUACUACAGAAUCGCUCUGUGUUUGAUGGUUUUGAGAAGAGGAAAAAGCGAAGUUAG